GACCAUCCGGAGGGUCCUUGACAUCGACGGCUUGUACCUCAUGGCCAUGGAGUACCAGGAGUGCCGUCGGUGCAAGAAGAAGGUCGGAGGGUGGUCACAGGGCAUCAUCAAACAGCUGCAGCUCACUUACAGCUGCCUGUUUCCUGCUGUACUCACAUACAAGCUGUCCUGCGACCUGAAGGUGGUUGAACAGCUGAGGUCUCGCACUCUGGGCAACAGUGCAAACCAGCUGUUCAACACAAUGCGGGAGCAGCACACAGAUUCCUGGAUGCGGAGAUCCAUCCACUACCUCAUUGUCUGCGAGCAGUUCCUGGCCUUGUGCUCUGUGGGGCGGUUUUUUUUCCACCCAUGCCCCCUGUGCCGUCACUGGUCUGGCUGCUGACCGUCUAUGGCUACGACAUCCUAACGCACAUAGAGGACUACAAGGCCCGGAUCACGUCCACCUUUGGAUCCAUACUAAAGAUGGAUUCAACCAAGAAGGUGACGACGAAGCUCGCUGGUGCCGCCUCUGACAUGGCCGCCUGGGUUACCAAUGUCGGUAACGAGUACGGCCAGGUCCUCAACAGCGUCUUCAUCUGCUCGGAGGCGUCUGAGGGCCUGAGCGCCAUGGCGGCCGGACUGAUGAGGCAGUAUCGAGACGCCGAGGUACCUCCCCCCAAGAUCCUCUACGUUGAUCGAGACUGCUGCAACAGAGACGGCGUGUCGAAGACAGCUGUCCUGUUUCAUGAGUGGGGAAACCUCGUGGUUCGCCUCGACAUCUGGCACCUGAUGAGAUGUUUCUCUGCAGGUGUCACCUGCGAGAGCCACGAGCUCUACCCCACUUUCAUGAGGCAGCUGUCUCACUGCAUCUUCGAGGUGGACCCUGGAGAUGCCCGCCGUCUGACCGACGCCAAGCGGACUGAGCUGGGGAGGAAGCAUGGGCUGGUGGACCUGAGCAACACUGAGGUGAUCCAGAGGAUAUCCAAGAAGGAGUGGAGGCUCCACUGUCGCCGCCGCACACCUCGGGCGGAGGACACAGCCAUCCUCAUCCAGAACCUCCUGGACACCUUCAGUGGACCGGCAGGGAGGAACACACUGAACAUCCCAUUGCUGGACGAUCUUCGCAUCCAGGAAAUCUGGACAACGCAGAGACGCCACCUCAGCUGCAUCCAGGACCCACCAGGCGUGCAGCUGUACAUGCAGACCGGGAAGCUGACUAAAGGCGGCGUCAGCCUCCCAGUGUACUGCUGCGCGAGGGGCUCCAACUCCCUGGAGUCUUUCCACCUCCACCUGAACCGCUUCAUCCCUGCUACUUCCAGGCGUUCCUUGUGGAUGGAGUGGUGAGGUGGAACGAGGACCGCGCAGUGGCUGCGGCGCCUGUGAGUGCAGCUGAGGG